AGUGCAGGGAACGCGUGCGUGACGUACGCAGGGCGAAAUUUGAACGUCUUCUCCCGAGCUGCCGUUGUUGUGAAGACGGGACAUAAAGCGGACUGAAGCAAACACUGGGUUAUACGACGAUAUUUAGACUUUAAAGGCGCGUUUUCAUGAUAUAAAAUGAGGUUUAGGCGUAGCAGAGGCGCAAAGCGAAGUAUAAGAGGAGUUUGGUGACUGUGAGCGGUUGUUUUUAUUGAAAUAUGUCGCGCGGAACUCUGAGGGGAAAGUAAGCUAGCGUUAGCCUAGCCGUUUAACACAUCCAGAACCUUUAUUUCGCCUGUUUUUAAACCUAAAGCAGCUUUUAGCGUAGUACCUCUCCGUUUUUAUCCGUAAUAAUGAAGGUUUUGGAGCGAAAUGUGGUUCGUCUGGCCGUCGUUCAGCAUCUUCGCUCGGUUUAUGGAAUAAAAAUCAAAAACUGGAAUAAAAACAGAAGCAAGCAGACGUCGGCGAACACGGUGAGGGUGUUUGGGGUUGCUCUUGAAGGUCUGCCGCACCGUCCUGUGCUAGACUACGGAGACGUGCCCUGGAAACCGAAUGAGAUGCUGCGGGAGAAGUACGUGAUCCAAGCUGCCCAAACCUUGAGAGCCAAACUGGACCAGGGCGAGGACUGUCUGUCCACUGCUCUCCCGCUGGACGUCGCUGGACUUCUGAAGCAGUUUUUCCGGGAGCUUCCCGAGCCGGUUCUGACCUCUGACCUGCACAGUGCUUUCCUGAAGGCCCAGGAGCUGCCCACGGAUGAGGAGAGGACCUCGGCCACGGUCCUGCUGUCCUGCGUGCUGCCCGACAGGAAUUUAAACACACUGCGUUACUUCUUCAGCUUCCUGAAGAGCGUCUCCCAGCGAUGUGCUGAGAAUAAGAUGGACAGCAGUAAUCUCUCGGUCAUCUUCGCACCCAAUCUCUUUCACUGUGGAGACGGCGGCGACAAAAUGAGCAGCAGCACAGAGAAGAGACUCAAGCAUCAGGCAGCGGCUGUGCAGCGUCUCAUAGAUAACGCUCCGCACCUGGGUGUGGUUCCUCAGUUCCUGCUGGAGAAGGUUCCAGCCAUGUUGGGUUGUGAUCCUGGAGCGUUUUCUCCAUCGUCUCUGUCUCUAGAAGAAAGUAACGCUCACUCAGACCUGAAGAAGAGCAACAGACGCAGUUUAGGAGACAUGGUAAAUGGAGCUCUGAAUAGGUUUAAAACUAGUAGAACCCCAACCCCUCAGUCUGAUGGAGCAGUUUUCUCCAUAGCCACUCCUGUCAUCAUGACGCCGAACUCCAAGCGUAAGCUUCCUCUGGAGUCGGCACAGACUCAUGGGUUCUCCAGCAAGAAACGCAGAUCCAUCAAGAAGAGCCUGGAGCUGUUCCCGAACACUUUGUUUGGAGGAGCAUCUACACCCGGAUCAGCACACAGCGCAGCAGGAGCUCUGGACUCGUCUCACAGCGGUUUACUGUCUUCUGUGGGCAGAAACACUCGACUGUCCUGCAGCUCUGCCAGGAGGAAGAGCAGACGACUGCGAGACCGCAGCGUGAGCAGAGUUGAAUCGGGGAAGGAAGGCUGUUUCUCGCCCAGAGUCGCAAAGAAAGAGCCUGUGAGAAAGUCUCUGCGUCUGCGCUUCAGUUUGGGCAAAUCCAGCCGAGAGUCUAACGUCAUUACACAUUCACAACUGGGGCCAAAGGGGUCAGAGGUCAUAGGUUGGCGCCUAGCGACACAAGAGAGCUGUUCUGGGUUUCACUUCACCAAGGAGCUCAGUCCGGCUGUUGUGAACAAGAGCCCCUCGAAAGGCUCCAAGUUCAUCAGUAAAUCCGAGGAUAACCUGUUGACCCCGCAGUGUGAUUCUACAGACCACAGGAGCUCGUGGAGCGGAGACACUCCUGACGUCAACCUGACCUUCCCACGGGAUUCUUUCUCGGAGACUCCCGUAAGCAUCUGUCUGAAGAGCAGCUACCGCUCCGAGCCCACCGUCAUCGUGAGCAAACCUGCGAUGGCCAGCAUUCCCAAGCGCCUCUGCUGCGCCUCCAGUGACCGCAGCGCCUCGGAUUCGUUCAGCGAAGAACGCUCUCACACUGGACCCACGCUACUGAAAAUCAAGCAAGCUUUCGGCAAAUCUGGCAGUGACCUUCACAGCAUCGUUAAACAGCAGAACCACGACGAACCGCAAGACAGCCCUGGCGCAAAAUCUGACGUGGGUUUGCCUUCGGAAGCCUCACACAAGUCAAUGUCUAAAUCCAGCGACUCGGAUGAUCACAAUGUGACGUUCGGUCAACUCGAGAUCGUUCCUUUGUCGCCUCUACAUAUAGACAGCGCUCUGUUCGACAGCAGACUGACACGGUUUGUGGAGACCAGCCCUGACGGGUCUCUUUGUCUUGAAAAUGAAAGCAGGGCUUUCCUAAAAGAGGCCACUGGAGACUGCAGUCAACUGAUCGACGCUUUAGACAUCCGAAGUCCUGUGGCUUUCAGAUUGGAGACGUCCAACAGAGUUCAAUCAACUCCGUAUGCAACAAGAACGCAAACUAAUACCAAUACAUCCCUGCCGAGCGAGCUCAAAGAGUCUUUAUUAACAGAUCAGACCAACAGUCCUCAAGAUCAAGCGGAGAAGCCACAGAACCAUCCUGGAGCCACUGAAACACGCCGAAUGAGAGUUGCCGACCAGAUUAAACUGUUCAACAUGAUGACGCUGAAUUCACCCAACGCCAAAGCGCUCCGCUCUCCUCUGAAGUUCCAGCGCACGCCGGUCCGGCAGUCCGUCAGAAGGAUAAACUCUCUGAUCGGAGGCCGGAAGGACACAAGGAUGGGUUGGUGCGCCGCCAGUCGGAUAAAGGCAGUAAGUUUAGAAAGUGGUUUGCAAACGUCCUCGAAACCCAAACCUCCAGUUCCUCCAAAGAAAGCAGCUGUCAAAGCGCUGGAGGACGUCACCAAUAAAGCACCAAAGACAAAGUGUGACAUGUUUUCGGCCAAUAAGAAUGCAGCAAAUGAGUGUCCCAAGUCUGUCCUGCUACUAGUGUCUGAAAACGAUACCAGUCGCUAUAGAGGUUCACUUAAAAAUCCUCUUAUGGAGGGAAGGCCGCUGUCGGCGAUGAAACCCAUUGAUAUAUAAGUCCCCAUAACUUUAAACUCUUUCUUCUGCAGAUGUUUUUGAACUCUUGCAUUCAGGGGUCUUAAUUUAUUUCGAUCAUUUUACAGGUGAAUGGUGCGAGUGAUAUUUUUACAUUAUGAGAAAAUUGCUAAAUUUGUUUCAGCAUAUGGAUUGGAUUUCAGGGUCGCUUUGGUUUGAACGUCAAACGAGAAGCAAACCCAAUGUGAUUUGAGGUCACGAAUUUGAAAUCCAUAAUUUUAGAAUAUGCUCGGUUAUCUAUUAGUUUUGCUGUAAGUGAAAAGACGAGUCCGUGAAAGUGUGAAGAGUGAUGUUUGUGCAAGAAUAGUUCACGAGUGUAUUUAGAGUGAAAAUGGAUGUUUGUAAAUUAGAUCAGAAAAGGUUGGAUUUGGGAAGUGGCUUAUUUACUGUUAUUUAUGUUUUAUGCAAAAGCUUGAUUUUCAUUCAAAAGGCCUGAAAGACAACGUUCAUGGUGUAACUCAAGGAAAUGUAUGUUAAGCAGUAUUAUGGUCUUAUGCGAUUAUCCUCAAUGCUGUUGUUAUUUUUCACUCUUUUAUGAAGAUGUUGGUCUGCUUUUGUACAUGAAGUUGUCCAACUAAACUCUUUUUCUGAUGUUUUGAAGUUCCUUUCUUCACCACUUGGUG